GAAUGCAGUUCUGGGUGACGUCAUCGCGUUUGCCGUCGUGGCUCUAGUUGCUAUGGCAGCAGCCUUUCGGGAGCUGUUUUCCUCGUAUUUUUUCCGGCCUGUGCCAAAUCAGUUCCGGUCGCGGACGGGAGAGGAGGCUCCGUUACCAGUGACCAUGGCCGCCAAAAACGGGAAUGUGAUCAAUGGAGGCGCAGAAGAAGGACCCGCCGGUCUCAUCAACAAGAUCUUUCCCAAGAUGAUAACUCAAACUACAGCCAAGGACUGGUUUGACCGCCGCCGAGCCCACAUCCGCCCCUGGAAUAACUUUAUUGAUCAGAGACGCUUCUCCCGGCCACAGAACUUUGGAGACGUGUGUAAGCGAGUGACACGAAAUGUGGAGCAUUUUCAGAGCAACUACAUCUUCAUUUUCCUGGGACUUAUCCUGUACUGCAUCAUCACCAGCCCCAUGCUACUCAUUGCCAUCGCCAUCUUCUUUGGUGCCUGUUACAUCAUUUACCUGAAAACGCUGCAGUCCAAGAUGGUCCUAUUUGGUCGUGAGGUCAGCACUGCUCAACAGUAUGGAUUGGCCGGCGCUGUCUCCUUUCCGUUUUUCUGGCUCGCCGGAGCUGGUGCUGCCGUGUUCUGGGUUCUAGGUGCCACCCUCGUAGUCAUCGGCUCCCAUGCCUCCUUCCAUGAGAUUGAGGGGGACAUCGAGGAGCUGCAGAUGGAACCAGUGUAAGGCGUCUCGGUUGCGGUCUCCUCUCAUGGUACCAGCGAAGGGACCUGUUGGACUGUGUAUUUUAACCUGUCGUUUCCGCUCUCCCUUUAUUAAAUCCCAUUGUCAGUGAGCACUUUACCGCAACCUUUGCACAGUAUGUGAUGGGUCAGUGACCGCCGGACGGUAUAGUACGGCGUUCACGAAGGUGGCGGCUGGUUACACCCGGUGAACUACGAAUCCUGGGAUGUUCCCGGGGGAUAAAUGUCUGCAGUAAGAGGUCGGGUGUUUUCUAUAUAUGUGAUCAUGUAAUAAACUUGUAAUGUACA